CGCGGUGACGCGUCUGAUCGGCCAUUUCGUCGGUGUAGGCCGUCCUGAAGCGGAGCGCGGGCUUUGAGUUUCACUGCGUCCUCUUCUUCCUCCACCAUGAGUGAGACAGCCAUCUCCUUCGCCAAGGACUUCCUGGCCGGCGGCAUCUCUGCCGCCAUCUCCAAGACGGCCGUGGCCCCGAUCGAGCGCGUGAAGCUGCUGCUCCAGGUCCAACAUGCCAGUAAGCAGAUCACGGCAGACAAGCAGUACAAAGGUAUCAUGGACUGCGUGGUCCGGAUCCCGAAGGAGCAGGGCUUCCUGUCCUUCUGGAGGGGUAACCUUGCCAAUGUCAUCAGGUACUUCCCCACCCAGGCCCUGAACUUCGCCUUCAAGGACAAGUACAAGAAGAUCUUCCUCGACGGCGUCGACAAGCGCACCCAGUUCUGGAGGUACUUUGCCGGUAACCUGGCGUCCGGCGGUGCCGCUGGAGCCACCUCCCUGUGCUUCGUGUACCCGCUCGACUUCGCCCGUACCCGUCUGGCCGCUGAUGUCGGAAAGGCCGGCGCCGGGCGCGAGUUCAACGGUCUGGGCGACUGCCUGGUGAAGAUCUUCAGGUCCGACGGCCUGCGCGGUCUGUACCAGGGCUUCAACGUGUCCGUGCAGGGCAUCAUCAUCUACAGGGCCGCGUACUUCGGCAUCUACGACACAGCUAAGGGUAUGCUCCCUGACCCGAAAAACACCCACAUCCUGGUCAGCUGGAUGAUCGCACAGAGCGUCACAGCCGUCGCAGGUCUGACCUCGUACCCCUUCGACACGGUCCGUAGACGUAUGAUGAUGCAGUCCGGACGCAAAGGAGCUGACAUCAUGUACAGUGGAACCCUCGACUGCUGGCGCAAGAUCGCACGCGACGAAGGUGGCAAGGCGUUCUUCAAGGGGGCGUGGUCUAACGUGCUGCGAGGCAUGGGCGGCGCCUUCGUGCUGGUGUUGUACGACGAGCUGAAGAAGGUCAUCUAAGUCCAAACGUCACUGUCACUCUGGCUAAAUGUAAAACUCUCCAUGUGUACGGACUCUGCAUUCUGCCUUAUUUAUGGGAACCAACGGUAGUCUGAGCGUUAGCUGGCGGCGGCUGUAUGUGCAUCUUUGAUUUUAAACGUUCCAUCACCUCCUUACAACGUCAUUCCUGUAAAAUCUGAUACCUCCUGUCAUUCACGAAGUUUGUAUGAAUCCUAAUAAACUUCGCCUGGGGAACAAACUCUACCUGA